UCGAAUAGUUAUUAAUCUCAUCUCUCUAACUAGAUUACAUAUUAAAGAAUUACAAAAAAAAAACAGUUUAGAGAGUGCUAAUUUUGUAAUUAAGAUGUUUUGGGUCAGAGUCAAAGGUCACGACCAUAUCUCUCUCUCUCUCUCUCUGGCUAUAUAUAUAAACAAAGCUCUGUUUAUCUUCUCCACUCAACCAUUCUUUCUUCCCAACCCACAAAAGGCAAAACCAUGGCGACGUGCAUCGACACAUGCCGAACCGGAAAUAACCAAGAAGACGAUUGCCGGUUCUAUUGCAUCAAGAAUUUCCUCCGACCCGGUUACUCUCUAAACCGGAAGAUCCACACCCAAACCGAAGAUGACGUCUGGAGCAAGAUGCUUGAAGAAGCCAAAUCCGAUGUGGAGCAAGAACCCAUUUUGUCAGACUACUACUACGCUUCCAUCACAUCUCAUCCAUCAUUAGAUUCUGCUUUAGCUCACGUCCUCUCCGUAAAGCUCUGUAGUUCGAACCUCCCGAGCAACACUCUCUUCGAACUCUUCAUCAGCGUUUUAGAGGAAAGCCCUGAGAUCAUCGAAUCGACGAAGCAAGAUCUGAUUGCAGUUAGAGAAAGAGACCCGGCUUGCAUCAGCUACGUUCACUGCUUCUUGGGUUUCAAAGGCUUCCUCGCUUGUCAAGCUCAUCGCAUAGCUCACGCGCUCUGGAAACAGAGGAGAAAAAUCGUUGCUUUAUUGGUCCAGAACAGAGUAUCCGAAGCUUUCGCCGUCGAUGUUCACCCCGGAGCCGAGAUCGGAAAAGGGAUUCUGUUAGACCACGCGACGGGCGUUGUGAUCGGAGAGACGGCGGUGGUUGGUGACAACGUUUCGAUUCUACACGGCGUGACGUUGGGCGGAACAGGGAAACAGAGCGGUGAUCGGCACCCGAAGAUCGGCGACGGAGUACUGAUCGGAGCUGGGACUUGUAUAUUGGGGAAUAUUACGAUCGGAGAGGGGGCUAAGAUAGGAUCAGGGUCGGUGGUGGUUAAGGACGUGCCGCCGCGUACGACGGCCGUUGGGAACCCGGCGAGACUGAUUGGUGGGAAAGAGAAUCCGAGAAAACUUGAUAAGGUACCUGGUUUGACCAUGGACCAGACAUCGCAUGUGUCUGAUUAUGUCAUCUAACCAAAGUGUGUUGUUGUAAUAGCUUCUGCUGUUUCUUCUUCUUAUUAGAAAGGUCAGUCGUGUGUAAUGUAAUUGAUGAAGAACCAAAUCACACUUCCGUCUUGGUAUGUUUUAUGCAAUUUGAUUUCGUCUCCCGGUUUAAUGUCUUGUUAACCGGUUGAGCAAUUUAGGGUUUUCAACUAAUCAAUCAAGAACAUUCAUAUUUAUUCUUCA